GGGGAAAAAAAAGCUCUUAGAACGUAAGCGUUCGUGUGUACCACCAGCUCCUGCCUUUGUCACACACGGCCGACGUCAGUCGUUGGAGACGUCAAGGUGAAGCGACACUAAGCCACCAUUCCAGUGCAAACGCAGUCGAAGACCGAAGCACACUUUUUCCCAGUCAACUCGCGCUCGCAAAGAAAGAACAGGGGCUUCCGGUGACAAUGCAGAGGCGAAGGCCAGCCCACCAAAUAAUCGACGGAGUUCCGAGAUGUAUAAGCCUCAAUCCAGACAGGCUACGAGAAAAUCUCAAGUUUAGAGCGAAGAACGGAGACGUCGUGCAAGUAACGUUUCCGAAGAGUGGGACACAUUGGUUGAUGUACAUCACGCACCUCAUACUCAGGGAAGGACGAUCAAUGACCACGUACGAGGAAUUCGCCAAAGAGUGGCGCUUCGUGGAGUACAUGGACAUCAAGGACUGGACCUCGUCUCUACCAUUGAGAACAUUUGCUACUCACCUGGCGUUGGACAAGCGUUCGAUGACCGAAGAAGGCAAGUACGUCUACCUCGCCCGCAAUCCGUGGGAUGUCUGCGUCUCCUUCUACCACAUGGCGACCAACAUCAGCUCCUUCGAAUUCCAGGACGGAACGUUUGAAGAUCUAGUCGACGCUUUCGUAAGUGGCAACUUCGGUUACGGCGACUAUUUCGAACACGUAGCGGCUGGUUACGCUCUCAGGGAACAGCCGAACGUGUUCUUCGCGACUUACGAGGAACUCAAGAAGAACACCAGUGAGGUCGUGCUGAGGCUGGCGUAUUUUCUGGGAGACCAGUAUGGCCGUGCUCUGGAGGAGGACGAAGCGUCGCUCCAAAAUUUGCUGGAGAGAUCACAGCCCGAUUACAUGCGUAACGUGGUGGUCAUUGACUUGAGCGGUAAAGAUACCCCCCAGUGGGACGAGGUGCUCUCGCAGAGGAAGAUCAGAUGCAACGAAGGCCAUGAAGGAGACGAGAACAAGUACUCGUUCGUGAGAAGAGGCAAAGUGGGAAGUUGGAAGGAUUACUUCACACCCGAUCUUCUCCGAAGGAUGGAGAAUCGGAUUCUGGAGGCUGAGAAAGAGUCCUCGUUCAUGGACCUUUGGAAGUACAUCCGAGCUGAAGCGAAUACAAUCAUGAAGAAUUCCGAAUAAAUCCUCGAAUUCCCAGUAUACUGUCCCCGUAUUCUGCUGCUCUUAGCAUAGUUUUUUUUUCUUUCGAUACUCUCACAUGGUAGAAUACUUUCGCUAAACGGGCCGACCAACCAGCUCUUCAAUGGUUUCGAUUGAAUAAACUUUAUUGUGG